GUUGUGCACGUACGGGUGGCCCACUGAUAUAUAUAUCAGGCAUAUCAUAGAGUUGGAUAUAUUAUUAUAUCCAACUCUAUGAUAUCAGUACGGUGGGUUACCCUGCCGCUUGGUCGGCCGGCCGGAUUGGCAAGUUGCAUGUGCUAGCACAGCUCAGUGGCGGGGUCGGCAACGUACGAGAAUUUAGCAAAACGGCUGCUGAAAGUACAUGACUGUGUGUGUGGCUUGCCAAGAUCCUGGCCGUCAGCUGCAACCAGUUUCUUCAGAUAGUUACUGCGCGGCCCUGUGACGGCGCUGCAAAGUUUCCAAAUUUCGGGUUUGACCGGCUUCGUCCGAGCAUUGGACUCGCUACGCAUUGCGUUUUUAACACUAUCGCCCGACCGUGUCCGAAUGUCAACAGGGCGAUUUGUAGAGGCCAAGUUAAGCUUGGACGAUACUUGCAACGGACAUGGCAAGCCAUGUUCAUGCUUCGGUAGGCCGAGUACCAUUGAUCACUCGUCUUUUACAAGCCACAGUUAGGCCUACAUGCAGGUUCAUCAAAACAGGUGUUUCCAUGUCCAGUCUUGCAUCUAGAGGUCGACGCUCUCACACAACUAACCAUAACCACUCAGGCAUCUGCUACACUCAAUUUCCACAGGUCAGAAAUGUUUGGAAUAUUCCACAAGUUCCGAGUUCGUCACAGAAUACCUGGCUCCCCGAGACAGAAGCCUUGUACUCCCAACUUCGAGCGCAGGCAGAGAAAAGUGGCUGGGAGCAAGUGAGGAACACCAGCACAGACUCCAAACCAUUCCCUCAAUUUCCCAGGGUCAUGACGAAAAAUGGGCCUGUGAUCCACUAUGCCAUCUUUGUUUCCAAGGAGGAGAAGAAGUUGAUUGGAGUUUGCCAGUUUGGAGUGGAAGCCCAAGGGCCAAAGGGACUUGUUCACGGAGGUGCAUCUGCCACAAUGCAUGAUGUCAUCACUGCACACCUGUCACUAAAAGCUGUCUCAGAGAAGGUCCUGACUGCCUCACUGACAGUUGAUUUCAAGAGACCAACUCUGAUGAGAUCUGCCAUGCUGAUGGAGGCAAACAUUGACAAAAUUGAAGGCAGCAAGAUUUUUCUGAGAUCAUAUUUGAAGAGUCCCGACGGGGCAACAGUCUACUCCAGUUGCUCAGCUUUGUAUGUAAACAUUGGAGAAAAAUCUCAAAAAUCAUGACUUAAAAACCUAGUCUGAAGGGUCAUUCAAGAAAACAAAACUGGCUACAUGCGAAGUUAAACAGAAAAGCAGUUCGGUUAUCCUAGUUGUUUGGACAAAUUUUUAUCUGUUUUUAUUAAGUGAUUAAUUGUAGCACUAAAUUUGUGUUUCACAAUAAAAUUACACCCCUACUUAAUUCGCCUCUCUAAAGUCCUGAAAUACCAGAUGUCGUAUGUUCAUCUAAUCUGUUUGCCAUUAUGUUUAAGUACCCCCACAAUUCACUCCCAGAUGGGAAUGUUUUUUAAAUGUGAAUUACUCGAGCGAAUCCCAAAUCUGAAUUGCCAAACAUUAAAAAGACAGAAACAUGAAAAUGAAAGAGAUGAAGCACUGUUGAAGAUUAUGCUGCUCAGUUUAAUUAUAGAAGAAAAUAUGUUAUUUGUGAUUAAAUGCUUUUUGUGUAAAUCUGUAGAGUUCUGUAUGCAUAUAUUACGAGUGCAAAGUAUUACAAAUAGUAGAAAUGCAAAUUAAACUUUUGAAAAAGA